UUGACCUCAGUAGUGAUAAAUGGCGAACAAUUCCACUUCCUCUUCACUCCUUUACAAAAAAGAAGUCUAAGAUACUUCAACGUUUCAUAAUACAAUGGCUGAAUCGUCAGAAACUGUAAUUUCGUGAGUAUUUCAUCACAAAACCUCUUCCCCAACAAUUCCCAAGUCCACAAGAUCAUUCUUCAAUCACCACCAGAGAAAGACCCUUCGAGUGUCUCCUGGACGAGUCCUCCAGCGAUGAGGCAUCACCACCAGUCUCUCCAAUAUCCUCAAAGACCCUUCAGGCCCCUCCAAAAGCCGCGAUAUCGACAUCAGCGUCAGCAUCAGCUUCAGCUUCUCAUGGACAACAUAAAAACCUCUCUGACGAGAAUAUUGACGAAGUACCUCAAUACCAAUUAUUGGUUAAUUGUUAAAUAAAAAUUCUUACCCCUAAAAAAUUCUGUACGUCCCUCAAAGCCCCACGAGCCGAAAAAAUUACUUCUCCAGGUAAUCCUGACGAUGACAUGGCUGAAAGGUCGAGUGGGUGCAGCAUAUUACAACAUCGUGACAUCAGAGUUAUUCGUGAUGGACGACGUAAUCGAGGACGACUUCAACUACUGCAUCACAAGGACAUUGUACCGGCAGUGCCAGCCACGCUAUGUGAUCACAUCGUCAGGGUGUCCCGAGGCCUUCACGAAUGUCCUGAAGAAGCUGAUAGUCAAGGACACAGUAGCCAGCUCGAUGUCGAGUGGCUCCGGUCUAGAUCGAGGAGCUCAGGUGGCUUUAAAAAUCCUUUCGAAGAAUGCCAACACCUUCGAGGACUGCGUUCAUCGAGUCAACCUCCUCCACCUGACGUCGGAGCCCGAGGGUAUGAGCAGCAAUGAGAGAAUAACCUUCCUCAACUCAGUCUUGAAUUACAACUCAAAACUGAUGAUUCACGCUCUGGGGAUGCUGCUGAAGUACAUCGACAUCAACUGGGGAAAAUUGGCUCUUGAUCCCAAUGGCGAGGCUGUCUACCUCUACGUCAACUACGUGAGACUGCGGGAUCUCGUGAUGAUGGAGGAAGAGACCUACAAGGAGCUCAACAUUAUGCAAACCAAGUACCACCCCAGUCUUUUCAAAUUCGGUGCCUCUGUCAAGCACGAGGGGAUGAACCUCUUCACUCUGCUGAACCGAUGUCAAUCGAGGAUUGGGGUGAAGUACCUCUGGAGGCUGAUGCAGCAGCCGACGAGGGACGUUAGCGUCCUCCAGGAUCGCUUUCGAGUCACCGAGUUCUUCCUCAAUCCUGACAACAGAAAUCUGUUUGAGAGCCUGAGGAGUAGUUUGAAGAACCUCGUUCGUCUGACACCAGCUCUCCUCAAUCGCUAUGCCACACCCCUGGCCAAGCCCCACGACUGGAAGAAACUGAGUGGCACGUUGUCCAGUGUCAUGCACAUCGGCGAGUUGUGCGACUCCUGCAGGACAUCUGCGACUAUCUUCAGCAGAGUUGCCAACUCCGUUACAAGGCAUAUGCACCAGUCUCGGUACUUUAUUGAUUACAUCGUCGAUCAUGAGAUGAGCAAGCACCAGGGAAAGUUCGCGGUUCGUGCUGGGGUCGAUACUGAGCUUGAUGAGCUGAACGACCUGAGGAAGUCGCUUCCUGAUAUGCUGGCGGAGUAUGUCUUGAAGGAUAUGCCUGGACUGCCGGAUUCUGUGGACACUGCGAAGCUCAUUUAUCUGCCGGAUAUUGGGUUCUUGUUGGGGAUCACUGGGUGGAUUGGGGAGCCCCCUGAGGAGGUGGAAAUUCAGGGGCUGGAGUUUAAGUGUUCCAUCGGGGGAAUUCGGCAUUACAAGAGCGCCACUGCUAGAGAAUUGGACGAGUCCGUGGGGGAUAUUCUGUGCAGGAUAACCCACCGUCAGAGUGUUAUUCUGAUGAAAUUAAUUGACUUUAUCAGUGAAGACAUCGUAUCUAUUGCUAAGGCUAUUGAGUGCUGUGCAGAACUGGAUGCCUUGAUGUCUCUCUCGACACUAGCCCGCGACCACAACUACACUCAACCCAGGAUGGUAAAGUCCCACUUGAUCGACAUAAAGUCUGGCAGACACCCCCUGCGCGAGUUAUUCAGCCAGUACGUCCCCAACGACACGCAAUCCGGAGAAGGCAGCAGCCUCAUCAAGAUCUUUUCAGGUCCAAACGCCUGCGGAAAAACUGCCUACAUGAAGCAGACAGCCCUGAUCGUCUACAUGGCACACAUUGGGUGCUACGUGCCAGCUAGCUCAGCGCGUAUCGGUGUCAUAACUAACAUCCUGACGCAGAUACCCUCGAUGGAGAGCAGCUGCUACAACGCCAGCUCCUUCCUCGUUGACCUCCGCCAGAUCAAUAACAUUCUCUACUCGUCAACUCCCAAUUCACUGAUAAUCAUGGACGAGUUUGGACGAGGAACUGCUGAGAUUGAUGGACUGGCCCUCCUGGCAGGUGUCCUCACCAACUUCAUCAAACGCGAGAACUACUGUCCCCACAUCUUCGUCGCAACCCACAUGCACAGGAUCGCCAGCAUUCUCCCGGAGAAUCCAAUCUUCGAGCUGCAGAUGUUCGAGUACAUCUUCAGUGAGGACAACAGUUUGGUUUUCCUGUACAAAGUGACAUCGGGCUGCGUGGAGAAGAGUUUCGCGCACGAGGUGGCUAGGAGUGUGGGUCUGCAGGAUGAUGUGCUAGUGGAAGCUGGUGAGAUCUUCGAGGCCAUGCGGUGGGGAGGAAGGCCGUCGACGAAGCCUCAGGAGGAUGGGAGGAUCCUGAUGAGACGGAUUGCUACUGUUUCGAUGGAAGGGGAGCAGGGGGCAGGGAAACUUAAGGACUUGAUCAAGGAUGCAAUGACGAGGAUUUUGUAA